ACGAUGAAGUCUUGCUGUGUUGUCACCAUCUGUUUGCAGAGGAACAAAGUGCUUCAAAGCAAACAUGAUGAAACAAACAGACGUGUUAAGUUUCGAAAAACGGCAAGGCUACAUUGCAUAAGGGCUCCAGAAUUGAAGAUCCCGAUAGCGUUUACGAAACAAAUUACAACCAAAGGGAAAAAGCCGCUAUAUUAUUUUUCGUAAGUACGUACUGUAAAGUUUCUGCGUGAUUCGUGAAGACUCUUGUGCAAUAUUGUACAUAAGUGCGCAAUUGUUCUGAGUGUCCCUCCACUGCGCGAGGAUGAACGUGGGCACAGCGCACAGUGAGGUCAAUCCAAACACGCGAGUGAUGAACAGCAGGGGUAUAUGGCUCUCAUAUGUGCUUGGCAUCGGCUUCCUACACAUCAUAUUGCUCAGCAUACCGUUCGUCAGCGUUCCUGUGGUCUGGACCCUCACCAACCUCAUCCACAACUUGUGCAUGUAUAUCUUCCUACACACGGUAAAAGGAACACCGUUUGAGACUCCAGACCAAGGCAAGGCCCGGCUUCUGACCCACUGGGAACAGAUGGACUAUGGGGUCCAGUUCACCGCCUCUCGAAAGUUUCUCACCAUCACCCCUAUUAUACUGUAUUUCCUGACCAGUUUCUAUACAAAGUAUGACAGGGUCCACUUCAUCAUCAACACCAUUUCCCUGCUCACUGUGCUUAUCCCCAAACUGCCUCAGUUCCACGGGGUCCGUCUCUUUGGAAUUAAUAAGUACUGACGAGGCUUUGAUCUUCAACACGAGGAUGUGUGGCCACUUACUCUGUGGGAAUAAAAAAGGGGGAAAUUUAGAGCUUCAUUGGAUGCUCUGCUGCUUUGCGGUCAAAGUGGCCGAACAAUCUGCUAUGGUAUCACUUUUAUGUUUUUUUGUAUAACAUUCAGUAGAUACAAACACAUUUGUAGAACCACCAGCAGAAUGCAGUAAAAGAAGGUCUCUUGAUAUGUUAGGACCACUGUUAUGCUCUGUAUUGAAACAGAGUGUUGGUUAACAGCAUUAUGUAUGCCAUUGGGAACCAUGUGUUAGAUUUCAGUCACUUUGGCAGAAAUGCUGCAUUGAUGCAAUGAAUCAGAUGGGUCAAAAUAGGCUGAUUCUUAACUGUUUUGCGGGCCUGAGUCAGCACUUCCCAAUGUUCAACACAAGGUGUUUAGAAAGAGAAAAAAGGUACUGUGUUUCUGAAGAAAGUGUACUAGACUAUUUUUAGCACAGGUACAAAAGACUGGCUUCAGUCCCAUAGUUGGACAGUGUCAUCCUGUCCUGAUAAAACUUUUGCCAGACCUGUAUUGCAUGACUUUAGAUUUAAAACAAAACUAGUUAAAUUUUAUAUAUGCACAACCUGUUAAAAUGUUUUAUAUGUCAUAGUGUUUUUUCCAGAGCCCUAACAGUCUCAAACAGUCUCGCUCUUUUAUAACAUGCACUAAAUAUUGAGUAACAAAAAAGCUAGUUGGAUGCAUGUAAAAACCUAGAAGAGUGGCUUCUGAUGUGGAGAACAGGUGCAAGGGAAUAUUGGAUUAGAUCAUUUUUCCCCUAAGAGAGAAACUGCAGUUUAACUGUACAUAUGACCUUUGGACCCUAAUAUGUCUCAUUGGACUCUUGUGUACAACUCCUGCACUUCAUGUCCAGGUCUGAGUGAGGAUAGAUUAAAUGUUAAUGCAGUUUACUAAGGUACAGAAUAUUUAUGUGAAGCAUCAUGAAGAUGUGUAAGUGCUUAUCAUUGUUUUUGGCCAAUCACAAUGUCUGUCUCACAAAGGCAGUAACUGAAACAGAUUUUUUUUAAAUUUGCUAAUUAAAGCAAACCUGUUUGUCACAGUACAGAUCUACAGAUUUUAGUUUUGACCAAAUAUGUAGUUUGGUCUACAUGCAUUUUGCCUGUGAACAGCAGUAUGGACUGAUGACAGGCCUUGUGAUAUGCAUUUUGCAUGACAGUACUAUAAUGAGCAUAAUUUCUAAUAAUGAGUAAUUGUCUUAAUUUUUGUACCAAAAAGUUAUAUUGGAAUGACGUAUGGACUGUGACUAACCCUGCAGACAUAUUCCUAGUACUUACAAAGCAAGAUUAUCAAAAGGU